UUUUUUUUUUUUCCUCAAUAAUUUUAGAUUCUUUGUUAUAGUAAUCAAAUUUUAAUUCAUGUCCCCGUCUCAUGCCACUUAUUUACCUCGAUGGUCAAACCAACUUACAGAACAACUUUUAUCUUAUCGAAGUACACCAACACCACCACCAUUCCCACAGACGACGACGGUAAUGAAUGACUCUGGGACCGCUUCCGUAACACACGACGAUCCUAAACAGGAAAUCCCACAACAACAACAACAACAAACACCUCAGAUAACUCCUCGAUCAUCAUCAACAGCAGCAGCAACAAUGGAAUCAUCUAUAGAAGAAACGGUGCCGUUAUCACAACCGCAGAAACAUAAUAAUAAUGAAAAAGAAGGAAAUCAUCUGCCUGUAGAAAAAAAUAUACCCGCUCUCUGGGCACAAUUAUCACAUCAAUUACCCAUCGAUAAAAAAAGAAUACAUAAAUUAUAUGAAGAAGAAGAAGAGGAAGUAGAAGAUGAUAAAAUCAAAUAUGUUGGUUUGAUUCUAUUUUGGUUGGGAUUUCUUUGUCCCUUACUUUGGUGCAUUGGUGGAUGUAUUCCCAGACAUCCUGAUCGAAGAGGUAAAUUGGCUCAUCGUUGGCAAAUUAUCAAUCGAUUAAUGGCUCUUGGUUUUGGUAUCCUUUUGACUCUUUUAUUGAUCGCUAUAGGCAUUUGGUAUCAUUUAUCUGUAUGAUUUCUUUUGUAGUUUUAUUGUUGUUUUAUUGUUGUUUUAGAAUAAAAUUUUAUAUACCCUUCUUUUUUA